AUGCCAGCAGAAGGAAUUGACUAUCUCCACCCAGACUUGGCCUACAACUAUAACUCUGAUGCAAGUUAUGACUUCAGCAGCAAUGACCCCUAUCCAUACCCUCGAUACACAGAUGACUGGUUCAACAGCCAUGGAACUAGGUGUGCAGGAGAAGUUUCCGCCGCAGCCAGCAACAAUAUCUGUGGAGUCGGCGUAGCAUACAACUCCAAAGUGGCAGGUAUCCGGAUGCUAGACCAGCCCUUUAUGACAGACAUCAUCGAAGCCUCCUCCAUCAGUCACAUGCCUCAGCUGAUCGACAUCUACAGUGCCAGCUGGGGCCCCACAGACAACGGGAAGACGGUUGAUGGACCCCGAGAGCUCACUCUCCAGGCCAUGGCUGACGGUGUGAACAAGGGCCGUGGAGGCAAAGGCAGCAUCUACGUGUGGGCCUCCGGGGACGGUGGCAGCUAUGAUGACUGCAAUUGCGACGGCUAUGCUUCAAGCAUGUGGACCAUCUCCAUCAACUCAGCCAUCAAUGAUGGCAGGACCGCCUUGUAUGAUGAGAGUUGUUCCUCCACCUUAGCGUCCACCUUCAGCAAUGGGAGGAAGAGGAAUCCUGAGGCCGGCGUGGCUACCACAGACUUAUAUGGCAACUGUACUCUGAGACAUUCCGGGACGUCUGCGGCUGCUCCUGAGGCAGCUGGCGUGUUUGCGUUGGCUUUAGAAGCUAACGUGGAUCUGACCUGGCGAGACAUGCAACAUCUGACUGUGCUCACCUCCAAGCGGAACCAGCUUCACGAUGAGGUUCAUCAGUGGCGACGGAAUGGGGUUGGCCUGGAAUUUAAUCACCUCUUUGGUUAUGGAGUCCUCGAUGCAGGUGCCAUGGUGAAAAUGGCUAAGGACUGGAAAACUGUUCCAGAGAGAUUCCACUGUGUAGGAGGCUCUGUGCAGAACCCUGAGAAAAUACCACCCACCGGCAAGUUGGUACUGACCCUCGAAACAAAUGCAUGUGAGGGGAAAGAAAACUUUGUCCGCUAUCUUGAGCAUGUCCAAGCUGUCAUCACAGUCAACGCAACCAGGAGAGGAGACCUGAACAUCAACAUGACCUCCCCAAUGGGCACCAAGUCUAUUUUGCUGAGCCGGCGUCCCAGAGACGACGACUCCAAGGUGGGCUUUGACAAAUGGCCUUUCAUGACCACCCACACCUGGGGGGAGGACGCCCGAGGGACCUGGACCCUGGAGCUGGGGUUUGUGGGCAGUGCGCCACAGAAGGGCUUGCUGAAGGAGUGGACCCUGAUGCUACAUGGCACACAGAGUGCCCCCUACAUCGACCAGGUGGUAAGGGAUUACCAGUCUAAGCUGGCCAUGUCCAAGAAGCAAGAGCUGGAGGAAGAGCUGGACGAGGCCGUGGAGAGAAGUCUGCAAAGUAUCCUAAGAAAGAACUAGGGCCACGCUUCCGCCUUCACCUCCCCUUCCUCCCUGUCACUGCCUCUCCUUGUUCCACAGUUCUGGCAGCCACCAGCCACCCACAAUUCCUGUUACCCCCACUCAAGCAAUCCCGGCCUGGUCUGAAGCUUUGCUCGCUGUCAAUGAUUAUUUUCACUACAAUGGAAGCAACUGUUUUUAUUCU